CCCGCUUGUUGUUCCCGCAGAGAGGAGAGAAGAUGGCGGCCGUGUCGAGCGGAGGUACUGCUGGGGCCGCUGCGGCCGGGAUUACUCACUCUACCCGACCGUCUCACGCGGUUAUGGGCCCUCAGAACCGAGCCCAGCCGUCCUCCAUGAGCCACUCCGGCCGCCCCAGCUCGGCCGGCGGCUGCAUCACUAAUCCCGGCCACACUUCGGCCACCAGGCCCCCCCCGGCCCGUGUGGGCCACUACGAGAUCGAGCGGACCAUCGGGAAGGGAAAUUUCGCGGUUGUUAAACUUGCCACGCACGUCAUUACCAAAGCAAAGGUGGCUAUAAAAAUCGUGGACAAGACACAGUUGGACGACGAGAACCUAAAGAAGAUCUUCAGAGAGGUGCAGAUCAUGAAGCUGCUGAAGCACCCCCACAUCAUCCGGCUGUUCCAGGUGAUGGAGACAGAAAGGAUGAUCUAUCUCGUCACGGAGUACGCCAGCGGUGGAGAGAUAUUUGACCAUUUGGUGGCUCACGGGCGAAUGGCAGAAAAGGACGCCAGGAAAAAGUUCAAACAGAUUGUGGCAGCUGUCCACUUCUGCCACUGCCGCAACAUUGUGCACAGAGACCUGAAGGCCGAGAACCUGCUAUUGGACCACAACCUAAAUAUUAAAAUAGCAGAUUUCGGUUUCAGUAACUUAUUUUCUCGAGGCCAACUUUUAAAAACCUGGUGUGGCAGCCCUCCGUACGCCGCACCGGAGCUGUUUGAGGGCAAAGAAUACGAUGGACCUAAAGUAGAUAUAUGGAGCUUAGGUGUGGUGUUAUACGUGUUGGUGUGUGGAGCUUUACCUUUCGACGGCAGCACUCUACAAAAUUUGCGAGCGCGAGUCUUGAGCGGCAAGUUUCGCAUCCCCUUCUUCAUGUCCACAGACUGUGAGUACUUGAUCAGACACAUGUUGGUAUUGGAGCCCAGCAGACGGUUGUCCAUGGAGCAGAUCUGUAAAAAUAAAUGGAUGAGACAAGGAGAUCCUGACCCAGAUUUUGACCGGUUAAUAGCUGAAUGUGAACAAGUGAAGACGGAGAGAGACACAGAGCUUAUAAAUGAGAAGGUUCUUAUAGCGAUGUGUGAAAUGGGCCUGGACCGAGAACGCACAAUCCAGUCUCUACAAACAGACGCUUACGAUCACUACAGCGCCAUCUACAGUCUGUUGGCAGAUCGCCUCAAGAAACACAAGACGCUGCGGGUUGCUCCUCCAACACCGCGACCAAUUAGUUAUCCUCUUAAUGCUGUUCCGCAGACAGACCCACAGGGUAAUCCAGUUAGCAUUACCGUCCCCCAUGUCCAGCUUAUCAACCCGGAGAACGAGAUCGUGGAGCCUGAUGGUAGCAUGGCUCUGGACAGUGAUGAAGGAGAGGAACCUUCUCCAGAAGCAAUGGCUCGAUAUCUGUCGAUGAGGAGGCACACAGUGGGGGUUCCAGACCAAAGGACGGAGGGGCAGGAGGACCUCCAGAAGCUGCCCCCUGGUUUCCCUCGAGGGGUGGUGCCACAGCCACCCUUCCCUACUUUGGCUCCCACCAUGGGUCAAAUGCACACGCUCAUGCCCACUCAGAGCCUGCAGCCCACACAGCAGCUGGAAUACAAGGAGCAGUCCUUAUUGCAGCCGCCCACCCUGCAGUUGCUCAAUGGCAUGGGACCACUCGGGCGCAGAGCCUCAGACGGUGGGGCAAACAUUCAGCUUCACGCACAGCUUCUCAAAAGGCCCCGGGGCCCCUCUCCUCUGGUCACCAGUCCUGUGGGCCACCCAAUCCCCGUGGCUCCGGUGGAUGAGGAGGGCUCGGACGGAGAGCCAGACCAGGAGGCAGUGCAGAGGUACCUGGCGAACCGCACCAAGCGGCACACGACGCACACGCCCAUGAGCACAACGCAUGGCGAGCCCUCUGCAGAGGCGCAGCGGCCCCAGGGCCCCCGCCAGAGGGCGCUGUGGGCCCCCGACAUACACAUUCGGUCGAAUUAUAAGGACACUCUUCACCUGCCCAUGGAGCGGUUCUCUCCCGUGCGGCGAUUCUCAGACGGCGCUGCCACAAUCCAGGCCUUCAAAGCCCAACUGGAGCACAGCAGCCUCAUCAAGCAACUCAAACAGGAGUGUGAGCAGCUUCAGAAGAUGUACGCUGCACAUCAGGACGAGAAGAUCCUCGAGCACACCCAGCAGCAGCAUAUUCUCUACCAGCAAGAGCAACAGCAAAUCCUCCACCAGCAAAUCCAGGGUCUGUCUUUAGGCCACGGAGAGAGCCAGCCCAGUCAUCUAACCCACCAGCUGCAGAGGCUCCGCAUCCAGCCCUCCAGUCCUCCUCCAACUCACCCCAGCAACCAUCUCUUCAGACAGCCCAACCAGAGUCCCCCGCCUGGCUCUGCCGCCUUAAUGCAAGGACACGGAGGUCCUUCACAAGUGCAGUACGGAGCCCCAGCACUUUACCAGGGCCAGAGUGGAAGCCCGCCGCCCACAGGUUUACCACGAGUGUCUCUCUCGACCAAUCAGCAAGCAGCAUCCGCCCGCCCUCCGGUCCCACUGGCGCAGGGGGUACCUCAGCAACAGCAGGUGACGAUCCAGGUGCAGGAGGUGGAGCUAGGGGGCGGGGCUCAGCGACCGGGCGGUUUCCUGGCGACACCGUGUCACAGGGUCCUGGGGAAACAGCUCAGUGCUGACAACGCAGAGACGCACAGUCGCAGUCUGGGCCGCUUCACUUCAGCCUACGACCAGGCCCAGUUCAACCCUCACCUCUUCUCCGGUGACGCCGCCUCUCGAGGGGCCUCUGGGGUGGUGGGCUCCUACAGUCCGUACUUACAGGGCACCUCCCUCAAAGUGCCCGGGCUGGAGGGGUACCAGAGCGGGGCGGUGGGGGGCAACUACGGCGCCCCCUCCGCACUACAACAGGCUCUGCUGUCGCCCACUCCCAUAGACUACCGCCCCCCUCAGCAACACGUUACCCCCACCCUCCAGGGCCUCCUCUCCCCGCGGCACUCUUUAACGGGACACGCGGACCCGAGGCUGAACCCGCAAGACCUGGCCGCGCUGUUGAAGAGGCAGACCCCGCGGCAAGGUACGGCGCCCCCUACCCCUCCCAGCGGUACCCCACAGGACUACGGGGAAAUGCUCCUGCUCCGCCAGCUCAGCCAAGGGGAGAGCCUAGAGCCGCCCGCCCCGCAGUCCGCUCAAGCCAACCAACACUAUCACCACCUGCUUCAAAUACGAUCCCCGGACGUUGCGCCUCAGACCCUCCCGUCCCAGCCCAGCCUGCCCCAUUCGGAGAGCAUGGAGGAGGACGAGGUGCCCGCGCCCUUCCACCACCCACACGACGGGCUGCUGGCCAAAGCCGGGGAGGGGCAUGAACUACUAGGCCCGCCCCGAGGAGGAACCCCCCCGUACAACUCCCCGACGCACAGGCACGGAUAUAUUAGAAAUGCCCCAGCAAAUAGAGAGUCUGAGCAUGUGGACUGUCGAGCCGGGGGGCAGGCCAUGGAGGUCCCUGAUCAUAACGGUGUGGGCUACUCCAGAGCGCAGCAAGGUGACGCGUAUAGGUCCCGUGGACAGCUUCAGCGGCACCACACCAUCCAGACAGCGGACGAUGCUUACGACCAGGCAGAUCCCAUGUCGGGGAUGAGUCUUUUGGCCGGAAAAGCCCUCAGCUCGGCGCGCAUGUCCGACAUCCUCAGCCAGACGUCGCUCACGGGAAGCCAGCAGCUGCACCAGCGGGAGGAGUCGGUGUGUGAUGUUGAAGGAGAGCUGCACGCGACGGCCGCCUGUUACCCCUCGUCCUGCACCAGUGACAUGCUCCUCAGCUACAAGCCCCCAGACCUGCAGUACAGCAUGGAGCAGGCCGGGGUCUAGCACAGGUGGAUGUGCGUCCUGUGUACAGCGGUCCAUAUCAGCCAUCCUGAGUUGAGCAGCAUCACGCCUCACCGCCGCCGUCGGCCCGAGCGCUCCGUGUGUCUGUCCCAUUUGUUUUGGGGGGGUCUGCGUGAGGGGAGGGGUGGGUGUUUCCGGGACGGGGAGGGGGGUGUACAUAACAUACGGGUGGGACCUUGUUCAGUUCAAAAGGUCAAAGUGCCAGCAUCUUCUUCUUCUGCACAGACAUCCAGCACUCAUUGCCACUGGCUGUCCAUAGAUUUACAUUUCCCGGGGGUCGCCACACUCGUCCCAUCCCUAAAUCCUCAACCGGAUCCUCCUCCGCCCCCGUCCCCGCCUCUUCUUCUUUUCAGUUCGUCGGCAUAUUUCACGACGUGCCUGUUUUUUUCCGGCAUUGGACAGGCAUUCUCACACAAUACAAAAUGUUGCCACAAGCCCAAAGUAUUGAGUUCAGACCUGGGGUUCGGUCCGCUCCCCUUUUGCGUUCCCGUGGCGAUCAUUCCCGGGCGGAUUCCAACCUCGGAUUAUUGGACUAAAAAGCAGGAAGUGGUGCGUUUCUUUUUCGCGAUCUGUAUUUCCAAAGACGGCUAAUCGACAUCGCACAGGACAAACCAGCUCUCUUCAUACGUGUUACUUUUAUUUUUCUGUUUUAUUUUUGCAGCCAAUGUUCGUGUAGGCAUUAGUGUAUGGUCAAUAUUGUUACUCUUACUGUUUUCUGUAAAGAACUUUUAUUAUAUUAAUUAUAUUAUUAUUAACAGAAAAACAGUACUGUGUUGCAAGGAAGAAAUUGUUCUCUAUUACUUAACUAAUUCUGCACUUUCUUUCAAACUCUACCCUGUUGUCUGUUACAGCGCCCCCUGUUGACGCCCCUCUCCGACGCCAUAACCCUCUGCUUACAUGCAUUUCCAUACCGCUUUGAACCUUUCCAUGUCAAAGUGAAAGUGUAUUGCAUUGUGGGUAGUUUCACCAAACAUUUGCUCCUCCUUCUUUCCUUGUACAGUUAUGCCAUGUAUAGAGCGCUAUUGCCAUUUCUGUAUGUAAUCUAACUUUUUAUUUUAUUAUUUUGUUGGGAAAGUCGUCAAAGAAAGGCUUUUUUAUAUAAUUUUUUUUUGGUCAUUUGUAAUUUUUGGAACGUCUUUUACCACCUUUUUUUUUGUUUUGUUUAAUGAACCUUGAGAUUUCUAGCCAAAAGACCGAGGACAGAGAGAAGAGGCCGUGCUCUUUCUGUGUCGUAAAAAAGAUUGUUCUUAUUGUUUUAAUAUUAUUCUAUUGAGACACUUGAAUAAGAGGAGAGUAAUUAUUUUGUGUUGCUUUUAAAAGUAUCAUUUCAAAAGUUGAUGUUGUGAAACGUCAUUCUCGUCGGUGUUUUUCCGGGGGCCUGUUUGUUUUUUGAAAAAGGUUUGUGGCAGGUUAAACAGGGUCAGACAUUUUUCGGGGGGCUGUGGGAUGGACGGGUGCUACUACAAAAAGACUUUAACAAAAAAAAGGUGAAAAAAUGUCCAUUAAAAACAAGGAAAUAACUUGUAAAAUAGCUGACAUAUCAUCUUUAAUGUCACGAUGUGGACACGGACAAAACCUGUUUCUGUUUUUGCUGUCCCCGCUUCGAGCCCGUACCAUCUUUUCUCGCUUCGAACGGCGCCUUACGGACCAGACAGACCCCGCCUCCUUCCCGGCUAGCCUCGUUACAACCGAGGAGGACACUACUUCGUCUAUUAUUACAGUUUCUCCUUCAUUUUCCGCAUCUUUUUUUUUUGCCUUUUGCUCCCCUCAAAUAGAGAAGGACGCAUCGGAAAAAGUGGGAUUUCUACCCGGCGGACGGUUGAACGGAUCUGUAGAACUGCGCUCGCCUCCUGUUAACGCUAAGGACGCAGGGAAGGAAACGAGCGGACUCGAAAAAGCAAAACCAAUACGAUACUCGGCCGUGUUUGUGGCUUUGGACCUCAGCUUCGUUGUGAAAAGCUACAGGAGCCCUUGACGUUUUAUAUUAAUUUAAUUUUGCUUCUUCUCGUUCAGCGUCGCACCAGGACUGGGCCAGAGAGAGAUUUAAAGUUGUGGAUUAAUACUGUAAACAAAAUACUGUAAUGUUACGUAACGGAGGGUUAUGAGGUGUCCAGGAGUUCUCUGUGCUUCCCGUAUACCUGCGUACAUCUGGAUUUGAUUUAGUUUAAUUUGGACAGACGAUUACGGCGACACUUUCCACUGUCCACUCCGAAUCAUAAAAGUAAAACGUGUAAAGUCGCCGUGUUUUUUGUGUCCCUUCACGCACAAGUCGACUGUGUUUCUGUGGAAAUUAUAAGCUAUUAUUCCGAUAUCAGUGACGGCGAUGGUCGUCUGCAGUUUAUUCUUUUAGUGGAAUACUGUUACGUGAUUAUAAACGGACAUUUUUUCCACGCCAAAUAGGUUCGAGCUGGUCUUGGCGUAACGAUAUUUGAUGAUUUGCUGCUACUGCAACGAAACAAAACUAAAAAAAGUGUAGUAUAGAGUCGAGUACUGUACACGUUUUGUUAUUUUGUCUGUUUUGGACCAACUAAAAGCCUAAAAAUAUUGAAAGUUUGACCUAAUUAAAGGUGUUAGGCCGGGUUUAUGGAGUGGGGGUGUUGCAUAUGUGUUUAUGCAGCUGUACUUUGAGCUCAAUCAUCGUGUGGGUGACUUUAAACUUCGCCCGCUCUUCAUUUUGUCAUCGGGACAAAUAGAGUCUUUGUUUAUGAUUCUUGUGGCUGAGUUGUAGUUUUAAAUCUCAUUGGGAUUAAUCAUUUGGAUAUAAACUUCCGCGUCGUAUUCGGGAAGCACAGUUGAACCCUGGGAAAAGUUGCAGUUGACGCAGAAUGGCCCUUUCCAUCUAAACUCUUUCUAUUCUACAAGACAACUCUCCGCUCCACACCUGUUUCCUCAUUUUAAUUUAAUGUUUUUGUUUUCUUUUUUUUUCAGUUAAUUAUGUCCCUUUUCUGUUUAUGUUCAUUUGAGUACAAAUACUAAAGUGCAACGAUGAUUAAAAAGAAUAUCAACCAAACUGAGAUGAAUAAAUAAAUAUAUAUAAAUAAAGAAAUAAUUUAAAAA